UCAUCGCACCAGCAAGCAGCUAGUAGGAUUAGUAUAGUGCUUAAUUACCACCUAAACCCUGCGCUGUUAGCUCCAGAUCAGCUUCGAUCGGCAGCUCGAUCCAGGUCGUCGUCGAGGAUGGAUCAUCAUCGAUCAAUCGGCCGACGUCUAUAGAUACCUACAGCACGAGCUGACGAGAAGGGAAGGGAAGGGUACCCGCAGUCCGAGAAGCAACUUAAUGUGCAUGCAAGAGCUCGCCGUCGCCGCCAGCAUGAAUCGCCGCACCCCGCGGCUCGUCACCUGGUUGUUCGUCGUCGUCGUCCUCCUCCUCCUCCUCCUCCUCCUCCUCCUCGUGUGUUCGUGCUCUGUCCAUGUGGGCUUCUCCUCGCGCCCUACUGAGGACGGUGGCACGAGGCGGGUACUGGCGGCUGCCGCCGGCUUUGCGACGGCCAGGCGCUACAGGCGUAUUCCCUCCAGCAAGGGUAACCCUAGUCAUACCAGGCGAUUGUUGGGGACGAGGACGACGACGACGGGGCGGCCGCCGCCACCGCCGCUGCCGAACAAGCCUAAGGCUACGGUGAUCGCGUCCCCGCCGCCGCCCCUCCAGUGACGGACGCCAAGACCAACCCAACCAGCAUAUACUGUUCGCGUGCGUGCGUGUGUCUUCCCAUAUAUCCCUUGGACAUGCUCUGCUCUGAAGGGUUCCAUGGAUGCCGGCACCUCGAGCAGGCUGCUCGGCGUUGUCCAUCUGUGCCUACAGGCUAUACAGCCCUAGCUAGUAGCUACACGUACACGCCUAAUCUGGUCGUUAGUGCGUCUGUAACGGUGCUACUGUUUGGUACUGCUACACUUAUCACACGUGUAACAUACACGUUCCGUUCCGUUCCGGUGCGUCUGUAAUGUCAGCUACAUACACGUCAAAGUGCUACUAUAUAUCACACAAAAGCCAUUAUAAUUUUGAAAUUUUAUUCACAAAAGAAAGAAAGAAAGAAAGAAAGAAAGAAAGAAAGUCAGUAAAUAUACUUCAAUUUCAAGAUCAUAUAUAGUUGCAUACAUAUGAGUCCUUCCGUUCCAAAUUACAAUCACAUAACAUAGAUUUCUUCUUUCUUUUGUCGAUGGUUCUAGCAAUUGAUAUAUAUAUUUUCACAAAUAAUCGAAAUGCAAUUUCGUGAUCUUAUUGUUGGAAAGUUCUCGAGUUUCUUUUGCUGAGCCUUGAUUAAUUAAUCCUGACAUUGGUACAAGAAACCACCUUUCGUGUUAGUACGUACUGUACCUACACA